GUCGCGCCGGUCGCGCCGGUCGCAAUCGCGCUGGUCGCGCCGGUGCCGGUCGCGCCGGUCGCGCCGGUCGCGCCGGUUGGUUCUAGUUCGGUCCCCUUUGGAACUGGGGGGACCGCGCAGGGGACAUCAUGGUCGUCCCAGACCAGCUGGACCCGCGGAAAUGGCAGCUCCACGUGCUGGGGGGGGCGACGCUCAUCGAAGCGUGCUAUGAUAUGAUCCAGCACGUGGAGGACACGAAGCAGCCCAACGAGCAGGUCCGACUGCUGAUCGCGAACCAGGUUCCCCCUGCCAGCAAAUUAAGCCAUGAGGCACAUCCUCGCGUGAGGGCUGCGAGGACGCCUCCUGGGGGCCUGCCUGGCGGCCUGCCUGGCGGCCUGCCUCUGGGCCCGGUGCCUGCGCGGGGAUGCGCGGGCGCCUCGGGCAGGGACCGCCCGCUGGCGAGCCAGAACAACCCGUGGCCGAGCGUCGGCCCUCUCGAUCCAGGAAAGGAGCAGCGCAAGAGGACAGGGGAGCAGAGGUGGAUAGUAGGUGCGAGGGAAAACAGCGACGGAUGAUCAGGAGUACGACUAGGAUGAGCAGGAGUUUCUUGGGUCCUCGUGAUGCAUCUUGUUG